AGGGCAGUGGAGCUCGGCGGCCCGGGACCCUGACGGUUAAUGCCGCUCGCGCUGCGGAGCUCUGCCCGGAGGAGGAGAAAGAACCCGGAUGAGAAGAGAUCUGCUCAGGUGAUGGCUCCGACGCGGAUGAAGCUUCGUGUCCGUCGGCGUGAGAGUGCAGCUGAAGGCGCUGCAGGAGGAGGCGCAGCAGGAGGAGGCGCUGCAGGAGGAGGCGCAGCAGGAGGAGGCGCUGCAGGAGGAGGCGCUGCAGGAGCAGGCGCUGCAGGAGGAGGCGCUGCAGGAGGAGGCGCUCAGCAGGAGGAAGAGGUGGAGGAGGAGGAGAGGAGCAGAGAGAGCGGGGCUCGCAGCAACAGGAGGAAGAACAACAACAACAUUUCUACAGCUGCUGCUGCUGCUGCCACCUCUUCGUCUCUUCCCUCCUCCUCCGCCUCCGCCUCGGCUCGGGUCGUGAUGGCGGCGGAGGAGACAUCGCCUGACUCCAAGUGUCCGAUCUGUCUGGACCGCUUCAACAACCUGGCGUACCUGGACCGCUGCCUCCACCGCUUCUGCUUCCCCUGCAUCCAGGAGUGGUCCCACAACAAGGCGGAGUGUCCGCUCUGUAAGCAGCCCUUCGCCUCCAUCCUGCACUCCGUCCGCGCCGAGGACGACUUUAAGGAGUAUACGCUGCGACCCGCUCCCGCCAACAGCAGCGUCGCUGCCACUGUUGCCAUGGUAGCAGCCAUGGCUUCAGCGGCAAGGAGCGACCACCAGAUGAGGCUGAUGCUGAGGAGGCACAGAGAGGAGGAAGGGGGAGAGACGACCACAAGGAGGAGGAGGAGAGAGAGGGGAGGAAGAGGAGGGGCGGGCAGGAGGGCUCGGGUGUGGGAGUGGUACCUGGACUCUCCUCCUCUUCCUCCCCCUGCUGUCUCCUCAGUGGCUGCUGAGGACAGCGAGGAGGGGGAGGAGGAUCAGAGUAGGGGCGUGGCUGACCUGGCAGAGCGCGGGGUGAUAUUUGAGGGGUUGACGGGACUCGGGGGGGCGGUGCCACCGUUAGCGCCCACUGACCGGGCGUCGCGACGGCUCAUGACACGCUUGGCGGCAAGACAGAGGCUGCAGCGAGAGGGCGGGACUGUUCGCCGUCUGAGGGAGAGAGAGACUGUUGCUUUCCGCCGUGCCCUCUAUCGCUGUGGUGUACGGGUCCGCAGUGCUAGUGGAGUCGAUGGCAAUGGUAACCAAGGGCAACAGCAGCGUGACGUCACAGCUGAGAGCUUCCGUAGGAACCCGGUCCACCUGAACAGGCUCCGCCCCUGGCUGCGACGGGAGCUCACAGUGCUGUACGGAGCGCACGGCUCUCUGGUUGAUAUCGUCCAACGUAUCAUCAUGGCCCGACUUGCUCGCCAUGGCCUCGAGGACGCGCCCACCAUAGAAGAAGAGCUGCGGCCCUUUCUGUUGGCCCGCACGGAUCACUUCCUGCACGAACUGGUCUGCUUCGCCCGAUCGCCACUCAGCCUGGAAAACUACGACUUGCAGGCGGUGUACGAGCCGCCGGAUGCCACCCUUGAGCUCGACGGGACGAGUAGCUCCUCUGACAGCAGCUCGGUCAUCGCCAUCUCAGAGGGGGAGGAAGAGGAGGAGCGGGCGGGAGGAAGAACAGACCAGAUACUGCUGAGGAGAGAGGGGAGCGCUCAAGAUGAUGUCAUCCAAACAGGGAGCUGCCUCAGUCUGUCAGCGUGGGACGAUGAGACUCCUGGCCCCUCCUACUCCACAGCAGAACCUACCUGUUCACUCUCCUCGCUGUCCUUCAGCCCCGCCCCUCAGGAGGCAGCCAAUGAGGAGGGAGGAGAGAAGCGAGAGGAGGAUGAGGAAGUGGAGGAGUGUUUGAUCGUUGGAUACAAGAAGCCGAUAGCAGAGCGGACGCCAGAGCUGGUGCAGCUGUCCUCCGACACAGAGGAGGAGGAGGAGGAGGAGGAGGAGGAGGAGGAGGAGAAGAAGAAGAAGAAGAAGAAGGAGGAGAAGGAGAAGGAGGAGGAGGAGGUGAAAACAGUAGACCAGCUUCCUGCCCUCCACUCCUGUCCUCCCCCCGGCUCUCACUCUCCCACAAUCCCUCCCUCCACGUCGAGUGCCUGCAGAGAGGAGAAGGACCCACAGGAAGAGAAAGACCAGGAGGCGGGGAGGUGCCGCUCCUGGUCUGGCGGCUCGGGAAGGAGCAGUAACUCUGUGUGCACGCUCAGCCCUGAGACGCCAAGAGAGGACGUGAGGCGGCGGGAGAGAGACAGGAAACGUGGGGGCAGUGAGAUGGCGAGGGAGAAGACGAGGAGGAGGAAGAGGAGCCGGCGAGGGAGGGAGAGGAGUGGAGACCGGUCGAGGAAAAGUGGAACCCUCUGUAACCCGAACCACUCCAUUUAUCCCGCCAUGACGCGUCCGUGCUUACACUCUCCGUUACACUCCAGCGCUGACUCCGCCUCCCUGCUGUCGCCCAGCCCGCCUGACUCCACCCUGAGCCACCACUGCUCCCAGGGGCCCCCUCUCUCCUCCUCUGUCUCCUCGCCGUGCUCCUCUUCCCUCUCCUCCUCACCUCUCUUCUCCUCCCCACAGCUCUCCUCACAGACACCCCCGACCCCCUCGCUCUCCCCCAGUUACCGUAGCAACAGUCACCACAAAGAGAAACCGGGGGGGAAGAGGAAGUACAAGAGUCGACACCUGGACAGCGACGACAAGGACCCCACCUGGAGGCCGAGCAGCAGCCAGCGAGGGGAGAGGAGGAGGGAGCGACGAGAGAAGGAGAGGAGACGAAGGGGGAGAGAGGGAGGGAGGAGGAGAGAGAGGCAGAGGAGGGAGAGUAGAGGAGACAGAAGGUCCAGAGAAGACCGGAGUCCCAGCGUGGAGAUCAUCUACGAGGGUACCAUCACCUCCAACGCAAUGCAACCUUCCGCACGCAAACGCCACAGGAAACGACGCCGCAGGACUCAACCCAGCAGCUCCCCGGUCAUCAUCACCCUGGACAGCGACAGCAGCCACGACAACAACGACAACAACGACAACAACGAAAACAACGACAACAACGACAACAACGACAGCUGCAGCAGCAGCCCGCUGAGCAGCCAGCAGACCGUGGACUUCUGUGACCUUCCCCCGCUCCCUCUGAUCCCUUCUGCCAGGACAGGCGGAGUCAUGAACGCAGAAAUUGGUGAACUUCCCGUAGACAUCCUGGACCAAGGAUCUGACGGGUCGGAGUCGGAGCCAGCAGGACGGUCCGAGGCUGGGGGUACCAUCGCCAUCGACAAUAGCGACAAUAGCGACAACAGUGACGGUGAUGUGGAUGUGGAGAAUGUUGAAGAGAGCCGUUCGGUGCUCUGGUCGGAAGAAGACAAAGGACCAAAGAGGGAAAGAGAGUCGGGAACAAAUAAAACCAGAGGGACCAGGACUGCUGUAGACAACUCUACAUCCACGGGAGAAAACAGCCAAGCCCCCAAAACUACGGAUCAGGUUCUUAAGAGAGAAGACAUGCCAUUGGACAGCCGGCUGCUGGCAACCAUCCUCAAUGAUCUGAAGGGAAUUACUGCUUCCAGCUUGGAUUCCAGCAGCUCAGUAGAUAUGAGAAGAACACGCUCAUGUGAUCUAUCAAACAAGGAGGACCGGCUGGCUGAGAGGACACACACUGACACUGUUUUCUCUGAGGAACGACUGUCCAUCCAUAUCAGAGACCAAAAUCGGGGAUCCGACCCCUUUAGUUCCUCCUUAUCCUCGCUGCCUCUUAUGGAGCAGCAGAAGGAGGUCCAGGUCCGACACGAGGGCCGGGAUGUCCCCCCGCUUCUAAAGAAAGCUAGUCCCAUCCAGUCACAGAACAGAAAUACACCACCGCCUUUAAAACACAAAGAUGCUGGGAGUCCACACCUGUUACCCGUUCCUUCUGUUGACCCUGUUGGUGUUCCUAAAACCUGCUCAGGUGAGCUGCCUCGAGACAACCAGGCCAUCCCUCCCAUUUCUACGCUGAAGAGACAUUUCACCAGCACUGUGAGAGGACAUUUGGCCUCCACAAGCAACAGUUCAACCAUUGACAUGCAUUCCUUCUGUAAUCCAGCACCCACUGACUUCCGUUCAGUUGCUCCUUCAGAGUUAGGAGCAUUAGCCAUUAGCAUUCAUUCCAAGGGAGACAAACCAUGCAUUGAUUCUUCUUCUGGGUCUCAACACAGGGCCAAUGUUUCUCCCAGUUCAGACUUGAAUCCUUUCUAUCCUUCAAACUCCUGUCACUAUAGCAUAAGAGAAAAACCCAUGGGUCAUAGAGCUCCACCCAUUGACUUGCAUCCUCUGAUUGGAAAUGAACGGGAGGUACAGAAUGCAAAGGACAACUGGUCCAAAGGAGAGCCAGCUCACACUGCCUCUGCCUCCAGAGGCUGCAGGUAUAACACAGCAAGCCUAGAUUCCUGUCAGGUAGCACCCAUUAACCUCCAUCCUUCCAGCGGGGUUUCAGCAGAAGGAACACCGGCAGGAAGUGAUGUUUUCUCAGGAGCCAAAUGUAAUGAAACAUUACGUCCUGUUUGUGUUUCAACCACUGAUUCUAGGACUCAGAAUCCCUCAUCCCCCAUUGACUCCCUCUUUUUCUGUGAGAGAGAAAACUUGUCAGGAAGCUUUCCACCCUCUGGAGAUAGCUCAGUGCCAAUAGCACUGGCAAGUGGCAGGUCAACACCCAUUGACAUGCAUUCUCUCUCUCUCAGUGUAGCAUCAGAAGUACUGAUGGGAAGAUCACCUCAUUGUCAGCUGCCACCCAUUGACUCACAUUUUAAUACUCCUUUACAACCUGUUGAUAAACAUACUAAAAACAUCUUCAGCAAUUCAAAUGAUGAGCAUUUAAACUACACACCGUUAACUUCCACUACCUUCCAAACACAUCACAGAAAACACAGUUCUCUGUCCGAUCCCGUCAUCGAGUCCCGCUCAAAUCUUCACUACUCCGCCCACUCUGAUUCAAAACUUUUCAAACACACUGAUCAAACCUCCAGCCCUCAGGUAAGCAUCCACACCUGGUCUAAACAGAACCCCUGCAUUGACUCCCAUCCUGGCUCUCGGCCAACCAUUGGCUCCCAUCCUGGCUCUCGGCCAACCAUUGACUCCCAUCCUGGCUCUCGGCCAACCAUUGACUCCCAUCCUGGCUCUCGGCCAACCAUUGACUCCCAUCCUGGCUCUCAGCCAACCAUUGACUCCCAUCCUGGCUCUCUGCCAACCAUUGACUCCCAUCCUGGCUCUCAGCCAACCAUUGACUCCCAUCCUGACUCUCAGCCAACCAUUGACUCCCAUCCUGACUCUCAGCCAACCAUUGACUCCCAUCCUGGCUCUCAGCCAACCAUUGACUCCCAUCCUGGCUCUCAGCCAACCAUUGGCUCCCAUCAUGGCUCUCGGCCAACCAUUGACUCCCAUCCUGGCUCUCAGCCAACCAUUGACUCCCAUCCUGACUCUCAGCCAACCAUUGGCUCCCAUCCUGGCUCUCGGCCAACCAUUGACUCCCAUCCUGGCUCUCUGCCAACCAUUGACUCCCAUCCUGGCUCUCAGCCAACCAUUGACUCCCAUCCUGACUCUCAGCCAACCAUUGACUCCCAUCCUGGCUCUCUGCCAACCAUUGACUCCCAUCCUGGCUCUCAGCCAACCAUUGACUCCCAUCCUGACUCUCAGCCAACCAUUGACUCCCAUCCUGACUCUCAGCCAACCAUUGACUCCCAUCCUGGCUCUCAGCCAACCAUUGACUCCCAUCCUGGCUCUCAGCCAACCAUUGGCUCCCAUCAUGGCUCUCGGCCAACCAUUGACUCCCAUCCUGGCUCUCAGCCAACCAUUGACUCCCAUCCUGACUCUCAGCCAACCAUUGGCUCCCAUCCUGGCUCUCGGCCAACCAUUGACUCCCAUCCUGGCUCUCAGCCAACCAUUGGGUCCCAUCCUGACUCUCGGCCAACCAUUGGCUCCCAUCCUGACUCUCGGCCAACCAUUGGCUCCCAUCCUGGCUCUCGGCCAACCAUUGGCUCCCAUCCUGACUCUCGGCCAACCAUUGGCUCUCAGUCAAAGACUCUUCUGAGAGACGUUCGGCACCCUACAGACAAUGGCACGGCGUCGUCCCGUCAGUCCGUUGAGAACCACUGCAGCUCACACUUCUCCAUUGAUGCCCGUUCAGACUCUCAGUCGCCUGUUGACGAACACUCCGCUAGCAGCUUCUGGAAAACAGACACCCGCCUUAAAUAAAACAGACUCCAGUGUUUUGAGGAGUAAUUGAAGAAGAUGGCAGAAGAACUGCUGAUUUAUACCUCUGUUUUUUUUGUUCACAAUGAAUUGUGUUCAUUAAUUGUGUUUGCCUUUCAUUCCAGUGGAUGGUGAGUAACGCUGUAUGGGGCUGUGUGUGUGUGCAAGGGGCGCAGUUUAAAUAAUUAUUUUAGUACGUGAACGAUCUUUUAUCUAUUGAGCCUGGACAAUAAGAAAUUCUGACUUAUUUAUAACGAGUCACAAGCUCUGCUGUUAUUUUUAAUUUCUGAUAUUUGUACAUUUGCAAUGUCUCAUUAUGACCGAGGCAGUCAAGAACAGUGGAGCAAGUUGAAGUGUAUAAAUAAGGUCUUCAACUGCUACUCGACUGUUGUUCAUAAAGAACUGGGAUUUUUAUUUUGGAAAUAUCGAGGGUUAUUGAUAAACUGAUGAAGGUCUACGCUUUGUUGAUAGACAAGAGUCAAAUCACAGAAUCCAAAAGUCCAUAAAUAUUAAAAGAUUAUUCCAAAGUAA